AUGGCAUCACUCCUUGAGUCACAUGAAGUCCCUGGGGUUCUGCAUCAUCACUUUGCAGAGUUCACGCCGGAGGUCUUUGCAAAUGUGGCCACGGAUGCUGCCAGCUUGGAGCGCUUUUUGACUAGCCUGACUGAGAACACAGGCGCUGACCAGUUCGUGGUCGAGGCUCGCAUCCGCAUGUUGUGGAAGGAUUGUGUGGCGCUUCAGGGUGAUAUCUCAAAGAAGCUGCCGGUUGCUGCGGCGGCGGCGGAAUCGAAGCCGGACACCUGGGCGGACCCUUUUCCGGCAAAAUUGAGUUCUGCUAUCUGGAAGGGCCUUCACGAGGACCUUUUGGCGGCAUACCCAUCUGAACUGCACCCUGAUGAGACCCCGGGUGCCAGGCUGAUGGCAUUGACUUAUCGGGGUGUGUCGGAGCGAUCUUUGAAAUGGCCACAAAGGAAGUUCAGGCUGUCGGUGUCUCAGGAGCAAGCUCAUCAACUCACACGCCCAGCUAAGCUGCCUCGCUUGGAAAACCUGCUCUUUGAUGAGGUACCGUCUAAGGAGGUGCCCAAUGUGUUGCAGUACGGCUAUGUGGCAGGCAUACUUAACAUGCACGCCACGUCACUGGCCCUUUGCAAGGCCGCGCAUCUUUCGGUGCUCAAGAGGUACGUCCAGUCCUUCCUGAAACUUUGUUUUCCUCAGCUUGAGUCCGGCUUUCGCGGCCCCAGCGUCGCAGAGGCUAUUCAAGCCGACGAGAAAGCGUGGCAAGCCAUCAAUGACCUUUAUGCUCAUCAUGACUGGGAGCUGGGGGACGCCGUGGCCGAGAUCAUCGAUGUUCGGAUGAUUCUCCAUGCUUAUCUGCAGCCGCGCCUGGCUGCGGUGACACCGAAUCCCCCUGGGGUUCCGCAGCCGCAUGGUGGCAACGGUAGGCGUCCUUACACAGGUGGCCGCGGCCGCGGUAGAGGCAGAGGCUUCAUGGGCAAAGCAUUUGGCAAGGGCAAACAAGCGUCAUCGUCCCGUGCGGAUUCCGUCAAGAUCUCGGGACAAGUGGUCGUCAUUUGCAGAGAUUACAAUACUAAGGAGGGCUGCAAACGCGCAGAAUGCCAAUUUUCCCAUGUUUGCAAUGUUCCUCGUGCGGAUGGUGUUGCGUGCGGUGCCGCUCACGGGCAUUCUGGAGGUGUGGCAUCAACCGCCGACAAUGUGGCGGAGGCUGCCUCUGCUGCAUCCUCCUCAGCAGCUACUCCCAUGGUCGUGGACACCCCAGCAUCCAAUGUGCCAGAUUACGAUGGCUGUGCUGAGCACCUGCGCAAGCAUUUUCAUUUUUCCAGGAAGAGCGUUCGCCCUGAUGUGGUUGGGGCGAGUGCCGGCUAUUUUAAUCUGGGGGCCAUGUUCGGCUCCGGCAAGGUGGGCCUCACGCACUUGACUCAGGCAUUCAAGCUCAGCUGCGUUUUCUUGAAUCAAUUUCUGCUUUCAUGCUUCCCUCAAGGGGAAUGGACAUCAAUCUGCACUGCACGUUCAGUUCAGACGCAAGUUCACUCUGAGUCCGGGACUUUACCGCAUUCCCUGAACUUUUCUGUUAGUGUCGGCCCGUUCACGGGCGGUGAGCUCUGGGUGGCGGGCUCAGGUCUGCCGAACUUGUCUGAUGCGGAGAUGAGUCGAUUGGAGUCUAGCAAACGGCUGCUCACGCGCACCAUUUCUUUGCUUGAGUUCCUGAAGCGCACCUCUGCCGACCUCAACAUUGUGUCCGCUUGUUCGGUGGGUGUUUCUAUUCACAAGUACUGGCUUUUUGCAUCGUCCUGGCGUCCAUUGCAGGAUCUCGCUGCUUUGUGCCCGCAUGGCAAAAAUGAACAUCAGGACAUUCGUGGGUUGCGUGAUGCUGAGGGCAAUUGGUUGUCUCAGAGCACGGCCGCCUUUCCGGAGCAGCUGUGUAAACGCUUUGCCUCGGCCAUUCUGCCGGUCUUUGGGGAGGUGCAUGCAGGCCGCUUGCUCAGCCUUGCUGAGGUCAUGGGCAUGAUCCAGCCCAAGUCUCAUACCGCGUUGCCCAGGGCAAACCAAGACGGGGUGGGAUCUUCUCCUUACCCGAUUGGUCGGCUCCGCCGCCAGGCUGGCUCAGAGGAACCGUUGUUCUCCUCGUCGGAGAUUGAGGAGCUGCACUCUCUCGCUUCCGAGUGGUUCGUAGAGCAGGGGAAGAACGCCAUUUUGCUACGAGGCCCAAGCCGGGCAAGCCAAUUAGGUGCAGAGAUUAAGAGGUCGGGUGCUGCUACUUCAGUGGUUUCCGAGAAAAAGCGACUGGCUUCGAGCAUUGCCUUUUCCCUCAGAAGAUCAAGAUCCUUGCAGCUUCAAAUUGUCACGGACAUCUUGUCGUGUGCUUUGCAUACACUGGUGGGUAUGGAGGAGCCGGAGCUUUCAACACAAUGCGGGACUGUUGGAUCACGGAAAAGGAUAAUCAGCUUGUACGCAACGCUUAAGCCCGACUGCCAUGACGCAUGUUCUCAAACCACUGCCAAAAUGGCGACUGAAAGCGAGAUUGAGGUUUUCGGUCGUCAGCUUGUUGAGCAGGCCAAGCUGGCGGCUGAAAGCAAGGUUGAGGCCUUUGGUCGCCAGAUUGUUGAGCAGGCCGAGGCAGAGCUUCACAACAUGCGUACGCUUCUGGACGAGCGAGCUGCGACCAUCAAGAAGUUGGAGGCUAAGCUGUCCCACACUGAGCCAAGCACGUCAGCCCAAGAUGUGAGACCCCUUGUCAAUGAUCAACAGGUUUUGAUUGCGCAAACUGCCAAAAGGCAGCGAUUGACUGGGAAAGACACACAGAACGCCGACCUUCAGCAGCUACAAUCCUCGGGCCACGUGUACAUCAGACCUGCCGUUGACUUAGAUAGGAGCUUAGUAAUGCGCCUGCAGAAGUGGGUGAACAUGAACGGCGAAAACCCGUCGGUUCCCGACCUUCACAUUUGUCAGGGCAAUUGGCAGCAGGCCGAGGCUCAGCCGGAUCUCCUCAAGGAGUUAGUGCUCAAGGAAGCCUCGGAGGGGUACAUCUUUUCCAUGCCAAGCCUAGAGGCAGCGCGUGAACGUUGGGGCGAGCGGGUAGCAAUUGGCAAAUGCAACAUCGUCGGCUUGGAAUCGGAGCAGAAGAAGCCUAGGCUGAUAGUAGACACCACGGUUUCAGGGACAAACCCCUCGGUCUCCAUACCGGAAAAGUAUUCACUUCCUGGGAUCCAGGACGUCAUCAACUCCCUGCCGCUCAGGGGUAGCACAGAGGAGCUAGCUGGCUUCUCCCUCGACAUCCGGCGUCUGUGGCUUCGCGUAGCCGAUCCCCGGACUGAGAAACGUGUCUUGAGCUCGGCUAGCAGGGAGUUUGCUCUGUUGGGCGAUUGGCACGCCCCGUAUGCGCCCCUUGCGGCCGCUUCCGACGGCCACUCCGGCUUCGAGGUGCAAGACUUUCUUGAUCUGGGUCUGAAGAGGCAGGCUCAGGCUCAGCGUGAUAUCACUUCAUAUGAGACGUUAGCUCAGCACGCUUUGCUUAUGCUUGUCUCCACUGCGCUGCCGGCGGGGCGCUUGGCUGUAAACUUGCCUACUCUCAGCGACAACACAGGCUCGGAGUCGUCGGUGAACAAACUCUUCUCUACCCUGUACCCAGUGUGUAUGUUUUUGCAGCGCAUUGCCUCUUUGAGCGCACUGACAGGCAUACAACUUGAGGUUGCACACAUCCCGGGUGUUGCAAAUGAUGACGCCGACAUGCUAUCUCGCUGGGACGGCACAUCGCAAUUAUUCGCAAUUGCCAUCAAAGUGGCAAAUGCAGCAUCGCAUUCGCUUGCCACUUGA